UGCAAAACGAAUUUACCUGGAUGCUCCACUCAGCGAUGAUGACGAAGUCCACGUGGGUGCUCCAGCAUAUAUGGGUGAGGACACGGAUUCCCUGUGCAGAAUUCAUUAUGAUGCACUAGAACUUCAACAAAUACUCGAUCAUAUGAAGAAUGCAACCAUCAUAGGAGGAAUAGACAACAUGGAUUGGAAUGAUGAGACACUGGCAAUAAUGAAAGAAUUCAUCGAAAUUCCAACUGAGACUAUCAUAACGAUUUAUUUCAGAGGAAAUAUCCUCGAAGCAAAAUUGAACUUCCCCGCAACACCAGUCUACGAAAUGACAUAUUUCAUACGUCGAUCCAGUCAUGUACUAAAUUCAGGAAACUUUCAUGAAUUAAUUAUAUUUGGGACAUAUAAUGACACCGUUGAAGCCAAUGUCCAAACACUUGUAGAUAUUCUACUAUCGCCGAUAUUUUUCCGGACGAUGAAUUGGCCCGACAGUAGUAAAAUCGGACCGAGUACUCAACUCGUCGAGACUUCCAAGGAGGAGAGUCCGGAAUCACCCAUCGUUACUUCUAAGAUGCCUGGAGUCGUAGAAUCGCUCGACAUCCAGAUGUUUUUCGACAAACCUGAAAGUCCCAGCGAUUCAGCGGAAUUUUUACUUAAUCAGUUGGACCCCCUGAUUGAUAAACAUGUGGAGCAGAGGGAGCUGAUGCAACAUUGUGGAAAUAAUAUCGAAGUCGUUCCCCUAGUUACUCAGGUUCCCAAAGGCGAACAAUACCUAGUGCCAGUUGGUGAAAGAGACGAUGCUGGCAGUGACCUUGUGCCAUCAAUGAGUCAAAACCAAUGUGAGCUAGGCCUUCUGAAGAGCACGAUAUCCUUGUUGGAGGAUAAUCGAAUGAUUCACCUGGAUAAGGUCUCGAGUUUCUUCAUCGCCAGAACAUAG